AUGGAUCAAUUAGUGCUCUCAUGGAGCAUCAAACCUCCUCUAAUAUCACCAUCACGUGCUCAGCUUAUGACCACGCUCAAGAAGCCUUAUGUCUCGUCUUUUUCGCCGUCGUUGAGAUUAGGUAAUAGUGUGAAGGUGUUUGCAACGGCGUCUAGAAGGGUGAAGCUGAUUGAUCCGGAGGGAGAGGAGAAGGAGAUCGAAGUAAACGAAGAUAGUUGCAUACUUGAGUCCGCGGAGAACGCGGGGAUGGAACUGCCAUACUAUUGUAGGUCAGGGACGUGUGGGACUUGUUGCGGGAAGAUAGUGUCCGGGAAAGUGGAUCAGUCACUAGGUUCUUUCCUCGAUGAAGAGCAAAUCCAGAAGGGUUACGUCCUCACGUGCAUCGCUCAACUACUAGAGGACUGUGUCGUCUACACCCACAAGCAAACCGAUCUCUACUGA